AUGGGAAAAGGAGGAAGUUACAUGACGGUGGCGGCGGAGGAGGUGGAACAGCUACGGAGGAGGAACGGAGAAUUGGAGAGAGAAAUGGAGGAGAUGAAGAACGAGAUGAUGCAGUUGUGGAGGCGGACGGUGGUGGCUGAAGAGGCGGAGGAGAGACUCUGCUCGCAGCUGGCGGAGCUGGAGGUCGAGUCUCUAGAUCAGGCGCGUGAAUAUGAGUCUCGUAUACACUUUCUCGUUGACCAAAUCUCUCGUCUCUCUUCCUCCUCUCUCGAAGUUGUUGUUAUGAACUCAUAGUUUGAUACAUAUCUGUAAAAAUGGCUAAGAAUCCUAAGAUCUAUGCCAGUUUUUAGUUUUUUUUUUUAAUUUCUUUUAUAGUUUCAAAACCUCUAGAGCUAGUUAAAUGUAAACCAAAGUAAAAGUAAAACAGAAUAUUACUGUAUUAAAAUUCGAUUUUCAUCAUAAAGCUGCAAAGUUUCAA